UCUCUCCGCUCCUCCUCGUUCCUCUCCUCAUCCCCUCUCUCCCUCUUCUCAAUUCCUCGCUCGAAACCCUCCUCCUCCUCCUCCUCUUCCAAUUUUGCCCUUUCUGCUGUUGUGACCGCUGCGAUGCCUGAAUCUGAGAGGAAGAGGGUUCUAAUCGUAAAUACCAACACGCGCCACGCUUUCAUCGGAUUCUACUCGCCACGAGCCUCCUCCUGUGCUCACCAGGCCACCGUUCUCACCGUCGGUGAUGAGAGUUCCGGCAAGAUGAAGAAGCCCCCUUUCACUAGAUUCUCUGAGCUGGUGAGUGCUGGUGGGGAGACGGUGUGGGGGGAUCCGGCGGAGGUGGGGAAAGUCGUGGGAGGGGCGGAGUUUGAUGUGGUAUUAGAUAACAACGGCAAGGAUCUUGAUACAGUCAAGCCUGUAGCAGACUGGGCAAAAACUGCAGGAGUCAAACAAUUUCUGUAUAUUAGCAGUGCUGGGAUAUAUAAGCCAACUGAUGAGGUUCCUCAUGUUGAAGGGGACCCCGUUAAAGGUGAUGCUAGUCAUGUAUCUGUGGAGAAGUACAUUACCGAUCUAUCCUUCAGUAGCUUGGCAAUAUUCCGCCCUCAGUAUAUGAUAGGUUCUGGAAACAAUAAAGAUUGUGAAGAAUGGUUCUUUGACCGGAUUGUCCGUGAUAGACCAGUUCCACUCCCUGGAUCAGGAAUGCAGCUGACGAACAUAUCACAUGUGAGAGAUCUAUCGAGCAUGCUAUUUCUUGCUGUUGGGAAACCUUCUGCUGCAAAUGGCAACAUAUUCAAUUGUGUGAGCGACCGUGCUGUGACCUUAGAUGGAAUGACCAAACUAUGUGCACAAGCUGCAGGCAAAGAAGCCAAAAUAGUUCACUAUGACCCAAAGGUUGUUGGUGUUGAUGCUAAGAAGGCUUUUCCUUUCCGCAAUAUGCACUUUUAUGCAGAGCCAAGAGCUGCUAAAAAGAUAUUAGGAUGGACAAGCAGCACUAAUCUUGUUGAGGAUUUGAAAGAGAGGUUCAAAGAGUAUGUCAGUAUCGGGAGAGAUAGGAAGGAGAUGAAAUUUGAUAUUGACGACAAGAUAUUGGAGUCUCUAAAAGUUCCAGUUUCUGUAUGAUUCUCAUGAUCACUCGUUUCAUUUUCUCCAUAUCAAUGCAUCAUGUGCAAAUUGAUGUAAUUGCACUACAUUUGUUAACAAAUAUUGUUGUGUCAAUAUUUUUUCCCUAUAAAGUCAGGACCAGACACAAUUACGCAUUUUUUGUAUCUACUUUGUGUCAUACAAUGACCGAUAUAAUGCCAAGCUGUUUAUUAUAGAA